UACGCCAUCAGCCAGCGCCGCGCCGCCCGUGGUGUUCCGUCCCGCCGUGCGGCGGUCGGUGCCCUGUCACUGCCUUCUCUGGCCAUGGCUAGGGCGCUUGGGUUAUAAAUUAGCGACCAAAGCUCCCGACGCGGCCCUGGUCCUGAUGGCGGCGGCGGCGGCCCUGGCAGCAGCCGAGCCACCUCCCGCGAUGCCGCAGGCGGCAGGAGCCGGAGGGCCAGCCGCCCGCAGAGAUUUCUACUGGCUGCGCUCCUUCCUGGCCGGAGGUAUUGCUGGAUGCUGUGCCAAAACAACAGUUGCUCCUUUGGAUCGAGUGAAGGUUUUAUUACAAGCUCACAAUCACCAUUACAAACACUUGGGAGUAUUUUCUACAUUGCGUGCUGUUCCCCAAAAGGAGGGAUACCUUGGAUUGUAUAAAGGGAAUGGUGCAAUGAUGAUUCGAAUUUUUCCUUAUGGUGCAAUCCAGUUUAUGGCAUUUGAGCAUUAUAAAACGUUAAUAACUACAAAACUGGGAGUUUCUGGUCAUGUACACAGAUUAAUGGCUGGGUCCAUGGCAGGUAUGACAGCAGUUAUCUGUACUUACCCUCUUGAUAUGGUUAGAGUACGCCUAGCAUUCCAGGUGAAAGGGGAACAUACUUAUACGGGAAUUAUUCAUGCAUUCAAAACAAUUUAUGCAAAGGAAGGUGGUUUCCUUGGAUUUUACAGAGGCUUGAUGCCUACUAUAUUAGGAAUGGCUCCAUAUGCAGGUGUUUCGUUUUUUACUUUUGGUACCUUAAAGAGUGUUGGGCUUUCCCAUGCUCCUACCCUUCUUGGCAGACCUUCAUCAGACAAUCCUAAUGUCUUAGUUUUGAAAACUCACAUAAACUUACUUUGUGGUGGUGUUGCUGGAGCAAUAGCACAGACAAUAUCCUACCCAUUUGAUGUAACACGUCGGCGAAUGCAGUUAGGAACUGUUCUUCCAGAAUUUGAAAAGUGCCUAUUUCAGAAGAAGAAGGUGGAAGCUUCCUUUUCUAAAGCAGUUCUGAGCCGAGGAAUGGAUAACCGGUACCUGGUAUUAGCAGUCAAUAUUGUACAGAAUGAAGAAGGAAACCAUGAAAAGCACCUAAUCAUCACUGCUUCGCAGUCACUAGAAUGUAAAGAACUGUGUAUCCUUAGGAAUGACUGGUGCUCUGUACCAGUAGAGCCAGGGGACAUCAUUCAUUUAGAGGGAGACUGCAUAUCCGAUACUUGGAUAAUAGAUGAAGAUUUUGGAUAUUUGAUUCUGUAUCCAGACAUGCUGAUUUCUGGCACAAGCAUAGCCAGUAGUAUUCGAUGCAUGAGAAGAGCUGUCCUGAGUGAAACAUUUAAGAGCUCUGAUCCAGCCACACGCCAAAUGCUGAUUGGUACCAUUCUCCAUGAAGUAUUUCAAAAAGCAAUAAGUGAUAGUUUUGCCCCAGGAAAGCUACAAGAACUUGCUUUUCAAACUGUUCAAGAAAUAAGGCAUCUGAAGGAAAUGUACCGCCUAAAUCUGAAUCAAGAUGAAAUAAAACAAGAAGUAGAGGAGUAUCUUCCUUCAUUUUCUAAAUGGGCUGGAGAUUUCAUGCAUAAACAUACUUCAACUGACUUCCCUCAGAUGCAGCUCUCUCUGCCAAGUGAUGGUAGUGACGGUAAUUCAACAUGUAAUAUCGAAGUUAUAAACUCACUGGAUAUUGAAGAAAGCAUUUGGUCUCCUAGGUUUGGAUUGAAGGGCAAAAUAGAUGUUACAGUUGGCGUGAAGAUACAUAGAGGAUGUAAAACGAAAUAUAAGAUAAUGCCACUGGAACUUAAAACUGGCAAAGAAUCAAAUUCUAUUGAACACCGUAGUCAGCUUGUUCUGUACACACUGCUAAGCCAAGAGAGGAGAGCUGAUCCAGAGGCUGGCCUGCUCCUCUACCUGAAGACCGGCCAGAUGUAUCCUGUACCUGCCAACCAUCUCGAUAAAAGAGAAUUAUUAAGGCUAAGAAACCAGAUGGCAUUCUCUUUGUUUCAUCGUAUUAACAAAUCUGCUACUGGAGAGGAGAAGACAAAGCUUGCUCCUUUGCCACAAAUAAUUGAGGAACAGCAAACCUGUAAAUAUUGCUCACAGAUGGGCAACUGUGCUCUUUAUAGCAGAGCGGUUGAACAACAGAUGGAUGACAGUUCAGUCCUGACCAGCAUGCAGCCCAAAAUAAAAGAAGAAACCCAGCAUCUAAAACUUACACACUUAGAGUAUUUCAGCCUUUGGUGUCUUAUGUUAACCCUGGAGUCACAGUCAAAGCAUAAUAAAAAAAAUUACCAAACCAUAUGGUUAACGCCUGCUUCAGAUAUGGAGGAGAGUGGCAGCUGCAUUGGGAACCUGAUUAGAACAGAACAUGUAAAGACAGUUUGUGAUGGACAAUAUUUACAUAAUUUCCAACAUAAAAAUGGUGUCAUGCCUGUCACAAAUCUAAUGGCAGGUGACAGAAUUAUUUUAAGUGGAGAAGAGAGAACAUUGUUUGCUUUGUCUAGGGGGUACGUGAAGGAGAUUAACAUGACAACUGUAACCUGUUUAUUAGACAGGAACUUGUCAGGACUCCCAGAAUCAACUUUGUUCAGAUUGGACCAGGAAGAAAAACAUUGUAAUAUAGAUACCCCAUUAGGAAAUCUUUCUAAACUGAUGGAAAAUACUUCUGUCAGUCAAAAACUUCGAGAUUUAAUCAUUGACUUUCGCGAACCGCAGUUUAUAUCCUACCUCAGUUCUGUUCUUCCACAUGAUGCAAAGGACACAGUUGCCUGCAUUCUAAAAGGUUUGAAUAAGCCUCAGAGGCAAGCCAUGAAAAAGGUACUUCUUUCAAAAGACUACACCCUCAUCGUGGGUAUGCCUGGAACAGGAAAAACAACUACAAUAUGUACUCUUGUAAGAAUUCUCUAUGCCUGUGGUUUUAGUGUUUUGUUGACCAGCUAUACACACUCGGCUGUUGACAAUAUUCUUUUGAAGUUAGCAAAGUUUAAAAUUGGAUUUUUGCGCUUGGGUCAGACUCAGAAGGUACAUCCAGAUAUCCAGAAAUUUACAGAGGAGGAUAUUUGCAGAUCAAAAUCCAUUAGCUCCUUAGCUCUUCUAGAAGAACUCUACAAUAGUCAACUUAUAGUUGCAACAACAUGUAUGGGAGUAAACCAUCCCAUAUUUUCUCGUAAAACUUUUGAUUUUUGUAUAGUGGAUGAAGCCUCUCAAAUUAGCCAACCAGUUUGCCUAGGGCCACUUUUUUUUUCACGGAGAUUUGUGUUGGUGGGGGAUCAUCAGCAGCUUCCUCCCCUGGUACUAAACUGCGAAGCAAGAGCUCUUGGCAUGAGUGAAAGCUUAUUCAAGAGGCUGGAACAGAAUAAGAAUGCUGUCGUACAGUUAACCGUGCAGUACAGAAUGAACAGUAAAAUUAUGUCCUUAAGUAAUAAACUGACAUACGAAGGAAAGCUGGAGUGUGGAUCAGACAAAGUGGCCAAUGCAGUGAUAAACCUACCUAACUUUAAAGAUGUAAAGCUGGAACUGGAGUUUUAUGCUGAUUAUUCUGAAAAUCCUUGGCUGGUUGAAGUUUUCGAGCCAAAAAGUCCUGUUUGUUUCCUUAACACAGACAAGGUUCCAGCACCAGAACAAGUUGAAAAGGGAGGUGUCAGUAAUAUAACAGAAGCCAAACUCGUUGUUUUCCUGACCUCAAUUUUUAUUAAGGCUGGUUGUAAUCCCUCUGAUAUUGGUAUCAUUGCACCAUACCGGCAACAGUUAAAAGUCAUCAAUGAUUUAUUGGCACAUUCUUCUCUUGGGAUGGUCGAAGUUAAUACUGUAGACAAAUACCAAGGAAGAGACAAAAGUAUCAUUCUAGUAUCUUUUGUUAGAAGUAAUGAAGAUGGAACUCUUGGUGAACUAUUGAAAGAUUGGCGGCGUCUUAAUGUUGCUAUAACCAGAGCCAAACAUAAGCUGAUUCUCCUGGGAUGUGUGCCCUCACUAAACCGCUAUCCUCCUUUGGGGAAGCUACUUUAUCAUCUAAACUCAGAAAAAUUAAUAUCCUUUUUGUUUUAUAUAUGGUCACAUUUUUUUAAAAUUUAAAAAAAAAAUUUUUUUUAUGGUCACAUUUGAUUGUGCUAUUGUGAGUACUUCAUUUAUGUAUUUGUAUAAACUAAAACUCGGUGUCUCCUGUUUUCCAUGGGCAUAUUUCAAAAGAUCUGAUUCUGCAAAGGAAAGAGAGAAAACAAUUCACAGGAAGUAAUUUUAAGCAAAAAGUGAAAUAAUGAACGUGGUGGUGAAGGAUAGUUUGUGAAAUGAGAAGGGGGAAAAAAAGGGACUUGAUUUUUUUGCCUUAGGAACAGGGUGCAUGUUUCCUAGAAUACAUCUAGGAAAACUGGUUAUCCCUUCUGGUUCCUCUCCCCUCAAUUUAUAACCUUUUUUUAAAAAAAAUCUAGGACAAAGUAUUAUAUUUAAAAAUGGAGAUUAUUACUUGUCAUAUUGUAUUAAUAGAUUAUUUUAAAAAUAGGUCAUCUCUUUAAAAAAUUAUAUGUAGGUCUCAGGCUAAUAAGAUAUGUAAACCAUAUUGCUUAAGUAUAUUAUUAUCCAUAGAAUGCCAUAAAAAUCUUUACAAUUUUUUUAGCAGCCCUGUAAACCAAAUUACAGAAUGUUAGAUAAUAAUGUCAUAUAUGUUUUUAUGUAAUUCCACAUUGUGUUAAAUAUAUCUACCUUAAUUUAUUUUACAUCAUGGAUCUUCCAUCAGGAGAACAUGAAAGUCUUUGUCAUAUAUUGGGUGAUUUUCAAAGAAGAUAAAGCACUGUUUUCCUUGCUUUUUCCAAACCAUCAUGAUCUUCUCUAACUGUUGCCUAUUUAUAAUUCGGAUAUGCUGUAAAAUCAGUGCCUGGUUACACUGUGAAGAUAACUUUUAUCCCAAGGGUAAGAAAUGAUGUAAAUAUACUCUUUCAGAGUUCCAGUUUUUUUGUUUUAUUUAUUUUUUGGUAUAACAUUGUUAAACAUAAAGUUCUAUUACCAUACAAAAUUUAACAUAGUAUUUUUUUAGUACAGGUGAAACAAAACUGAAAAGUCUAAAUUUAUAGGUAUUAUAAAUGUGGUUUUGUAUGAUCUAGAGUUUGAUAAAUUUCUACCACCUUUUAAAGCUGGGGUGAAUUUUUCAAUCUGAGGCUUAAACCUUUAAGUCUAAAUUUUCAAGAUUAAUUUGAUCUUUUAGAUUUUUAAUCAUAUUUUGUUUAUUUGAAAGAUUAGGUAAGAAAAUUGAUCGCUUUUGUCAUUUAAGGACAAUCUUGUGAUGAUGAGAACAUAAGUAAGAUGUUUUUCUGUAUUUUGAGGUCCCUGAUUCAAAGGCCAUUCUGCUGGUUUUUUUCCUGACUUUUGCUUUCUCCUAUCAGAGAUGUUUUCACUUUAAACCUAGUCUUUUAAAUUAUCACUGAUAAAUGUAUUAUUUCCAGUUAAUUUCUGAUUCUCCUUACUCUCCCACUUGUUAUUUUCACUUUUCAGUAUUCUAGUGAAAGAAAAUAAUUCCUACUGUUCUUUUGAGAAGAAAUUUUGUUUGCUGAAUUGAUGACAAAUUAAAAAGGUGUAUUCCUAUUUUCACUUAUUCAUGUUCAUAUGCCCCUUAGUUUUAGGGCAUUUCUCAAUUUUCUCUUUUGGUAUAAAAAUGUUUUGUAAAACAGUUACCUCAAAGUGCUUGAUUACUUAUAUUGUGACCAAUUUUAACCUUAGUGUAUCCAUCUUUGGCAGGGAGAUCUCUCACUUCUCUCAAAUGUUUUCUUUUUAAUGAAUGUUAAGUAUGUUAAAAAUUGCUGCCUCUACCUCACAUGUUUUAAAAAAAUUAUUACUUGAAGAUUUUAUUAAAUGAAUUGUUCUCUUACUGUUA